AUGUCACUCUUUACCAAACUCACUCUCGUCACCGCCCUUUUGUUGGCACAGUCAUUCGCUUUACCCGCCCCGGAGACUAAGCCAGUCCAGCUGGAAGAAAGGAAUAUCUGCAACGACGGCGAGCUUGCCGCCGAAAAUCCGCGCGCAGCCUUCUUCCGCAAGGUUGUGGACGAUUCGAACUACAGCAACCAUAGCAGAGUACCAACGCCAAAGGAUAUUCCUCUAAAGGUCGGCAUUAUUGGUGCAGGGGCUGCAGGGCUCUAUGCUGCAAUUCUGCUUGACUCUCUCGGGAUCGACUACGAUAUCCAUGAGGUUUCCAGUCGAGUUGGAGGCAGAAUCUACACCUACCAUUUCGAUCAAGAGACCUGGGACAAGUCAACGCCUGCAGACCCGGCCUACUAUGAUUACUACGACGUUGGCGCCAUGCGCUUCCCUCCCAUGCCUUACAUGAGCCGGAUUAUCGGAAACGACUCGUGGAGUCUCAUCCCCUAUAUCAACGCGAGGGUCUCCGAGCGCGACCAGGUAGUCAAGAAACAUUACAUCUUCAAGGCGGAUAACACCUUUAGGCGGUACAACGGUAUCACUUCUCUUCUCCAAGAGCCCAAUUCUGCUUCCCCUAGCAGGUACAAUGUUCCAGUCUUCAACUCGACCUUUGAUACGCAGUCUGCAUAUGAUGUGUGGACGGCCCAAGUCAGUACGAUGACGACCGCGCUCUCGGCGAACUUCGACAAAGGGUUCAACCUCCUCAUGAAGUAUGAUUCCCUGACGGUUCGGGAAUUUCUCCUGGACCAGGGCUUUACCAACACCGAGAUCGACUGGAUGGAGACCAUCAACGACGCCACGGGCCACUACGACAUGUACUCCAUGUCUCAAGCUGUCUUGGAGCAAUGGAUCUUUGACAGCGCGAACAUUAGCGAGUGGUCGCUGAUCAACGGUGGUAUGGACAUGCUUACCAAGGGUAUGAAUCUCAUCGUCAAGAACAAGCCCGUGCUGCACAACAGGGUCUCCGACAUCAAGAAGAAUUCCAACGGUUCUUUGAAGGUUGUUGUCAACGGCACCCAGCAGUACGACUACGCCCAUGUCAUCUCGACUGUGCCGUUGGGUGCCCUUCAGGCCAUCAACAUGACUGAACUUGACCUCAGUUAUUUCGAAAACAAUGCCAUUCGCACUCUCAAGCAAGUCUACCUAGCCUCAAUGCGAGGAACCUCGUUUUUCUACGACCCUUCGACAAAGAUUGGAUUCAAGUUCAAGACGCGAUGGUGGGAAAACCUCGCCACCGGCCCUUUCAAGGGCGGCCAGUCCUUCACCGAUCUCCCCAUCCGCCGCUGUGUCUACCCCUCAUACGGCAUCGAUGUUCCAGGCGCUCCCGGAACCAUGAUUGCCAGCUACGUCUGGGGCCAGGACGCUUCCAGACUGGGCUCCUACAUGAACCCGCACAACGACAAGCAACAGGCACCGUACCAGCCAGAGAGCAUCGACGUCAUGGUCGACCUGACCCUGAGGAACCUAGCAGAGCUCAACGGCGUGUCCCACGAAUUCAUUCUAUCGCAGUUUGAGGGGUACCACGCAUACGACUGGUAUGGCUCGGCCUACUCCAACGGCGCCUUUGCCAUCUUUGGCCCGGGCCAGUUUAGCAGCACACUGCCGUGGUUGAUGAGGCCUUCUGCUGAGGGGCACAUGCACUUUGCGGGCGAGGCGCUGAGCUCGGGCCAUGCUUGGAUCAUUGGCGCCGUCAACAGCGCGUGGAGAACGGUGUUUGAGAUCCUUUGCACCGAAGGUCUGGAAGAUAAGAAGAAGCAAUUCAUUGAGCAAUGGGGUGUCAUUGAUGAGGUGGACAUGGGCUGGUACGAUUGGUCUCCAGAGGGAUUCCCGUGA